AUGGCUUCACUUAAAAUCAUUUUUUCAUUUUCAACCGUCGUGUUUUGUUUCUGCGUUGGUUCUGAAGCAAGAGAGUUUAUAAUAGAUGGUGAAAACAAUUUAUGGGCAGUUCCAUCUUCUGUUGACGAGUUCAACAAAUGGGCUGAGAAAACUUGUUUUCAGAUUGGGGAUUCUUUAGUUCUGAAGUAUUAUUCCAAGACUGAUUCAGUGCUGGAAGUGACCGAGGAAGACUACAAAAUCUGCAACAAUGCCAAUCCAAUAAAAUCACACCAUGAUGGAGAAACUACAGUUUCACUAGAAAAAUCAGCAACCAAUCUACAGCGCAGGCACCUUCUCCUCAUCAUCACCGUCACCACUACCAUGCACCGCGCGCCAGCCCUGACUAACGGUGGUACUGGUCUGAAGGUGACGGAGGGGUUUAUUUGUGGCACUGCGACGGUGGGAAGUUUGGCACCUUCUCCUCAUCAUCACCAUCACCACUACCAUACACUGGUGCAAGCCUCGACUAAUGGUGGUACUGGUCUGAAGGUGGCGGAGGGGUUUGUUUGUGGCACUGGGCAGUGGAAAGUUUGGUUUUGUUGUGUAUACUAG